AUGGAUACGCUACUCCAGCGUCAGGCUGAAAUUCUCGACGCCGUUAAGCAAAUAGAGCGUAAUUUCAAGAAAGAUCCUAGUAGCCGCAAAACGCGUCAAUAUUUAGACGCCAAGCUCGAUUCCAUCGACAAACUGUGUUCGGAAUUUAAUUCCAAUGACAACAAGCUAGAGGCUUUUAGGGACGACUCGCCAUACUUCGCGGAGGAACAGUACGACCGAGCGAAAGAAUAUUACGCCAAGGUUCGCUUUAUGAUAGCGUCACAUCAGGCCGUUCCAUCUCUGCAGCACAAGCCGGUCAUAUGUAGCCAGGACGCCGAACUGAAGGCCAUACCAUCAGUCAGCACUGGGGGCGACGCAACCGGUCGCGCCGGGACGCCCAGCCCGCUGCGCGCGCCGGCGCCGCGCGACGCUCACCAACAGUUCGCUCCCGCACCCGUGUUGCAGUCAGAACUUGAAGAAUUAUUGUCACAACAACGAACAAAUUUUAGAGCCUUGUCGAGACAAAUACAAGCUGUAAAUUUAAAUACUAUUAUAGAUAAGUGGGAGCUGGAAGAGGAGCUUCGUAAUCUGCAGACGCGUUGGGAUACCGUCGAUAAAUUGCACCUUAAAAUCGAUCAUAUAAGUCAGGGUUCCAACACGCAAUAUGAAAAUGAAUUUAGUUAUAAUGAAACAAUAUACAAAAAUAUGAGAAGGUCAAUUUAUCAAAAAUUGUCAGCCACUUCCCAUCUUCAACAAUCCACCCCUAAAAUAGAUAUUCCGGUUUUUACAGGCAAAUAUAUUCAGUGGCCUACUUUCUUUGAUUUAUUUAACGAAACAAUUCACAACAAUAACUUUUUAACUAAGUGUCAAAAAAUGCAACAUUUAAAGGGCAAGUUGAAGGGGGAAGCGGAGAGGCUAAUACAGCAUCUUAAUAUUUCUGCUGAUAAUUAUGAUACUGCGUGGGAUCUGUUAACCCGUAGGUACAAUAACACCCAACUGUUAUUUACAAAAAAUUUAGAGACCUUUUUGAAUCAACCUACAGUUCAAAAGCAAACAGCUUACGAAAUUAAGCGUCUCUAUGACACUAGCAUGGAAUGCAUUCAUGCUAUACAAAAUUUAGGGGUCAACAUUUCUUCAUGGGAUCCGAUAUUAGUUCAUUUAAUAUGUAAAAAAUUAGAUCCUGUUUCCUAUAAUGAUUAUAAAGAAGCCCGUAAGUCACCACGUGACUUGCCUUUGCUUAGCGAGCUUAUGAACUUUUUAGAGGGAAAAUUUACAGCCCUCGAAGAGAUUAGCAAAAAAGAUUUAACUUAUGUUUAUAAAUCUAAUUUGAAUAAAAAUCAAUCAUCUGCAAAUGAAUCGAGUAAUAUUAAUCAAUUUCGUUCAUCAAAUCGCAAUGGAAAAUUCCAGACCAAUACAACACGUAUUUGGAAUUGUCCAUUUUGUAAGCAAAAACAUAAUUUGUUUAAAUGUAAUAAAUUUGCGCAAUUAGGACCGGAUGCGAAACUGAAAACGGUAAAGAAAUUGGAUAUCUGCGCAAAUUGUUUGUUCAGUCAUGAUGGCAACGCAUGCAAUUCUAAUAAAUUGUGUAAAAUAUGUUACGGUAAACAUAAUUCCAUUUUACACGAUUCAUUUGCGUCAUAUUCCGCGCCCCUCUCUCUUACCGCUGCCGCUAGUAACUUGAUGCAUGCGUCCCCGAGUGCCCCCGCGCCGAACAAAUUGCUGACACCCGUUGCAGACGGACAUCAUAACGUUAACUAUGUUUCCAAGGACGACGAAGAAAUUCUUCUUACGACAUUAUUAGUAAAAGUUAAGGCAGCGGAUGGUUCAUACAUUACCCUGAGGGCUCUACUCGACCAGGGCUCUCAAAUCUCGCUUAUCUCUGAAAAUGCUGCGCAGUGGCUAGGCCUACCGAGAUCUCGUUACAAUGCAUCUAUUUCUGGUAUAGGUUAUGGUUCAAAACAAAGUAAAGGAGUACUUAAUCUCUCUUGUCAGUCUAUAUACGACGAUUAUGUUUUUGAAACACAAGCCUUAGUCAUAAAUCAUGUCAUAAAUAACUUACCCAACGUCUCCUUUGCUAAGCAAACCUGGGAACAUCUCCAGCAUAUACAGUUGGCUGACCCGCAUUACAACAUAUCAAAACCCAUAGAUUUAUUAUUAGAUGCUAGUGUUUAUUCCGAUAUAAUAAUGAGUGGGUUAGUUAAGGGCCCCGGCAAAGCACCCAUUGCCCAACAAACAAGAUUGGGUUGGAUAUUAUCAGGAAAUGUGAAAACAUUCAAUUGUAGUGUAGUUAUUAAUAAUUUAUCAGAGAUAUCGAAUUAUUGGGAAUUUGAGGAAAUAAACGAGUGUGUCGCUGACAUGAAGGAAAGUGAAAAAUAUUGCGAACAGCUUUAUAAAAAUACCACUAAACGCUUAGAGAGCGGUAGGUACGAAGUAGCGCUUCCUAUGAAGCCAAAUUUUGAACAAAACUUAGGUAAAUCAAAAAACAAGGCCAUCGCACAAUUCAUUAAUUUAGAAAAGAAAUUAGCUAGUAAUGAGCAAUUUUCUCAAAGUUAUAAACAAUUUAUGAAUGAGUAUUUGAGCCUCGGUCAUAUGAAACCUGUCGAUAACAGUCAACAAGGACUGUCAUGUUACCUUCCCCACCACGGAGUUAUAAAAGCUGACUCAACUACCACUAAAUUACGAACAGUUUUUAACGCUUCAUCAAAAACGUCAUCAGGUAACAGCCUAAACGACUUAAUGGAGCGGGGACCAAAUUUACAAAAGGAUCUGCAUAGCCUUAUUUUAAUUUGGCGUCAACAUAAAUACGUAAUUACUGCGGAUAUCGAAAAGAUGUUUCGUCAGAUUCUUGUAAAUGAGUCAGCUCAGCAUCUACAGCGUGUUGUGUGGAGGGAAUCCCGAGGAGACCCAUUGAGAGAGUAUCAGCUUACUACUAUCACGUACGGUACAAAGGCCGCCCCAUACCUCGCUAUGCGCACAUUAAGGCAGCUCGCAGACGAUGAUGCGCAAAUAUAUCCCAUAGCCGCUGCCGCCUUAAAGAAUUCGUUUUAUAUGGACGAUCUUCUAGAAGGGUGUAGCAGUCUCGAAAAGGCUAAGGAACUUCAACAACAGCUGAUCAAUAUAUUGAUGAGAGCCGGCAUGAAAAUACGUAAGUGGAGUAGUAACGACCCUGCUCUUAUUCAAAAUUUAUCACCGGAGGACGUAGACUCCUCCUUAGACUUCCGAUGUGCGGAGUCCAGAAAAACACUGGGGUUACGAUGGAAUCCAAAAUAUGAUACAUUCUCAUUUAAAAAUAUAUUUUACGACAUUAAUGAUGAUACACAUAUUACGAAGCGACAGUUACUAUCACAUAUUUCAAAAGUUUUUGACCCCGUAGGGUGGCUCGCUCCACUGACCAUCAGGGCUAAACUUUUAUUUCAGAAGACCUGGUCCGAUGAUUGCAUGACCUGGGAUCAAAGGUUACCGCAUCACUUAGUAGAGGAGUGGCAACAACUAAAGCAAGAUCUCCAAAAUAUUGAAAUUUUUGAAAUACCGAGAUAUUUUGGAGAAAGUGAUAAAAUUAACCUAUAUGCUUUCUGUGACAGCUCAGAAAAAGCGUAUGCUUGUGCAAUUUUUGUAAGCACUAGAAAUGCUAAGGAUGAGUACACAACAAUGUUACUCACCGCAAAAACAAAGUUAGCACCGAUAAAAAAUAAAUUAACACUACCGAAACUCGAACUUUGUAGCGCUUUAUUACUAUCACGCCUUAUAACAAAGGUUAGGCAAGCGCUAAAUAAUAAGAUAAAUAAACUACAUGCUUUUACAGACAGUAUGAUUGUUCUUGGCUGGAUCUACGGAGAUACCAACCGGUGGAAGCAAUUCGUAGCUACAAGGAUCAAACGGAUCACUGACGUUAUUCCAUCCGCAUGUUGGCAUCAUGUAGAAUCCAAACAAAAUUCAGCAGAUUGUGCGACGAGAGGGAUGACCGCAGCACAACUAAAAGGUCAUUCCCUGUGGUGGGAGGGCCCAGAAUGGCUUCGAGAGUACGAUUCUAAAAAAAUAAAAAGCGAAUACUACUCUUCCCCCGAUAUUGAAGUUAAAGAAAAUCUAACCAAAUUCAGUGUGUACGCAGCCUUAAACGAGAACAAUGCAUUUAUAUUUCAAUUAAUAAACGAAUGCAGUUCGCUGAGGCGCGCGGUUGUUAACCUGGGAUGGCUAUCACGUUACAUAGUGUCAUUAAGAAAUAAACAAAGCGUACCGCGACUUAGCUAUCUAACUUCCUCAGAAAUGCAACGUUCGUAUGACGUAAUUAUAAGGACGAUACAAAAAUAUGAAUUUGAAGAGGAUUAUCAACGUUUAAUUAAUAAUAAAAACAUUAGCCGAAACAGUAAAUUAUCAAGCCUAUGUCCCUAUAUAGACAAAAACGAUAAACUUAUGCGAGUUCGAGGAAGGCUAAAUAACUCACUUUUAAGUUCAUCAGCAAAACAUCCAAUCAUACUUCCGAGUCACAGUCGUCUAACAAAUCUGAUUAUAUCUGAAGCACACACAUUGACGCUUCACGGUGGUCCUCGACUAACACUUUCUUUUAUCAGGGAGAAAUAUUGGAUCAUAAGUGGACUACGCACCGUUAAAAGGGAGUUGCGAAAAUGCGUCAAAUGCAGGCGCUUUAGUGAACAGAAGUCACAACAAUUGAUGGCUGAUCUUCCACAACCCAGGGUUACCCCAUCACGUCCCUUCACACAUACAGGUGUAGACUUUACGGGUCAUUUUGACAUAAAAAUAAACAAAGGACGCGGGGUUAAAACCUCAAAGGGCUACGUAGCAGUUUUCGUAUGUUUCUCUACCAAGGCAGUUCAUUUAGAACUGGUAUCAGAUCUCAGUACUCCGGGAUUUUUAGCUGCGUUUAGAAGGUUCUGUGCUCGACGCGGGUGCCCUCGCCGAGUUUACAGCGAUAACGGAACUAACUUUGUGGGCGCUAACAGGCUGCUCAAAAGAGAGUACGAGCAGAUUAUAAAAACUAUAAACCAGGAUUUCUUUCGUAACAUAUAUAAUUACAACAUUGAGUGGGUAUUUAACGCACCAGGUAAUCCAGAAGCCGGAGGUUUGUGGGAAGGAGCCGUUAAACGCAUGAAGUAUCACCUGAAAAGAGUGGUUGGGGAACAAAAACUCACCUACGAGGAGUUCAUCACCGUCCUACAUCAGAUAGAAGCUUGUCUUAACUCUCGGCCGCUGGUUGGUUUAACAGAAAACCCAGAAGAUGUAUAUCUGACCCCUGGGCAUUUCUUGGUCGGAGGCUCUUUACUCUCUCGACCACAGACAGACCCUGAACAUAUUAGUUUAACUACCAGAUGGAAGAUGAUACAAUCCAUGAAUAAGCAGUUCUGGAGAAGGUGGUCUGCCGAAUACUUACAGGAGUUGCAGUCUCGUUCGAAGUGGCGUAAAACUACCAAAAAUCUAGAACUAGAUGACAUUGUCGUUAUUAAAGAAGAAAACUUGCCUCCUGGUAAGUGGGCUCUGGGGAGAAUUGUAGAAACUCAUCCCGGCAAAGACGGGUACGUUCGGGUGGUAUCGGUAAAAACUAAGAACGGCGUCAUAAAAAGGCCAAUUAUUAAGCUUGUCCCUCUACCGGUAAAAGAGGAAACAAAAGCGAUGACGUUAUCCCCUGACGACUAA